CAAGACUAAAGCAGACUGGCCAAGAAGCUACGUGGGGCAUGGACACUCUCCCCGUGUGUGCGUGUGUGUGUGUGUGGAGAUCUCUCCAUGGGGAAGCGUCGCGGCCCUUACAAUGGAGACGUCCAUUGGCUCCGAACGUAUCGCAACUGAAUGAUGCAAGAAAUUGGUUGCAUUUUGUUUAUUCGCGAAAUGUACCGCAUCAUGGGGCAUCGGAAUAAAUGCGUUAAGUGGCGCGUUUAGGUCCUGAGAUAUCAUUAAGUAGGUUUAGUGUUCAACACCUGCCAUCUACUUCCUUGGCCCCAAAUUGAUUCUGUGCCCGGAGCAGGCUCCACACAAUUUCCCUGGUCUCUCUGAAAAGCCUGGAUGGCAGGGGCAUGGGCCAUUGGAGGGACCCUUGCACGAUCGCCAUGCUCGCGAAGACUACACCAUUUUGCCCCUUUGCUUUUUCUCUUUGGAAGGUUUGGAGUGCGUCAUCCACCCCACACGGACCGUCUUGGUGACCAGGCCGACUCUUCGCAAUUCCCGAAUCAGGGCUUGGAUUGCGUCUCUGGAAAUAACUCCCGCCAAGUCUAUAUUUUGAUUAUUGGCAGGUUAGCACAGCCAGCCCCUAAGUACUUAGGACUGUUAUCCCUCUGCGCCCACUGUCGCAUUCGUCAAUAUCUUAUCGCACAUGGGGAAUCUCUCUCCUUUCUUUGUUGGAGAAUUUCGAAUCUGAUAACUCAUUAAGCGACGGCUAUGUUAUUCAAACGCCCCCCCAAUGAAAAGGGAGCCGCGUGGCCAGCCAUCUUGGUAGGUUUGUUCGCGUCCUUUGGCGGCAUUCUCUAUGGAUACGAUACCGGGACCAUUGCGGGUAUCCAGACUAUGCCCUACUGGCUCGAUGAAUUCAAUCAUCCUAACGAAGGCCGCAUCUCCCUAAUUGUUUCUAUUUUGUCGGUUGGAACGUUCGUUGGCGCACUCGCGGCGGGGAUCAUCGCAGACAUUACCGGCAGAAGAUGGGGAAUCAUCAUCUCGGUCAUGCUGCCUUUUAAUCUCGGUGUGGCUUUUCAAACUGCUGCUACAGCGCAACCUCUGUUCAUUGCUGGUCGCUUUUUCGCCGGUCUCGGAGUCGGUUUAGUUUCCGCCCAAGUUCCCAUGUACCAAUCCGAAACCCUACCCAAAUGGAUCAGAGGCGCAAUUGUGGGAUGCUACCAGCUCUGCAUCACAAUUGGCCUUUUCUUGGCCGCUAUUGUGAACUGGGCAACCCAGCACCGGAACGACAGCGGAAGCUAUCGCAUCCCGCUUGCCAUUCAAUUCGCAUGGGCAAUGAUUCUGGCUGGUGGCCUGCUCUUUCUCCCAGAGACCCCUCGUUUUCUGAUCAAAAAAGGCGAUGAAGCCGGAGCCCUGAAAUCGUUGGUUUUCCUUCGUCGCUUGAAUCCCCAUGAUCCAGAUAUUAUCUCAGAGCUUGCAGAGUUGAAGAGCAACUGGGAGUAUGAACAGUCCCUUGGCUCUGCUUCGUACAUUGAAUGCUUCAAGGGUACUACCGGUAAACGCACCAUUACUGGAAUUAUACUCCAGUCACUCCAGCAACUGGUCGGUAUCAAUUUCAUCAUCUAUUAUGGUACGAGUUACUUCGCCAAGAACGUUGAAGGCCUGCCCGACUCUUUCAUCUUGCAGGUGAUCGUGAACUGUGUCAAUGUAGUCAUGACGCUUCCAGGCCUUUGGGCAAUUGACCAUUUCGGACGCCGCCCAGCUCUUCUGAUCGGGGCCCUUGGGAUGGGAAUCUCCCAAUACAUCGUUUCGGCUUGCGGCGCCGCGACUCCGAUCUCGAAUUUCACUUCACAAUGCGCCCAGUUCGCUUUUAUUUGCAUAUACGUCUCGUUUUUCGCAUCCACAUUUGGCCCUUGCGCUUGGGUUGUAACGGGGGAAAUUUUCUCGCUUCAGACGCGUGCCAAAGGUCUUUCUAUGACCACUGCUGCGAACUGGUUCUUCAAUUGGCUUCUUUCUUUUAUUACUCCAUACCUCACAGGUGCACUCAGCCCAACCCAGUCCAAUGUAUUCUGGAUCUGGGGCAGCUUCUGCUGGAUCGCAUUCGUUUUCGUAUACACCAUGGUUUAUGAGACCAAGGGACUGGCACUUGAGCAGGUUAAUGAGCUCUACGAAAAUGAACCGAGGGCUUGGAAGAGCCCUGGUUACCGUUCCGAACUCCGAACGCUCUCUGUUUCCGAAGUACACGACAAGAGAUUGGUCAAUGAAGAUACGAAGCAUUCAGAAUUGGCUCUGGAGGAUGUUGAAAAGGCCUGAUCAGCCGAACGGUCCCCACAAUGGAACUCUUCGAAGACCGUCGCAAUCAAGGGAACUAUAGAUCUCUUUUUUAUGAAAAUGUAUGGUCCGGAAUCCGUUUCUCCCAUCGACGGUCUCGGAACUUUCACCAGUGUGAUCAAAGUGUUUGUCAACGUCGUAUUGGAAGGUUACCGAUAACACCUUGGCGGGACAGCAUCAUGUUUAUCAUAUUCUCUCGCCUGUCAUCUGCGGACUAUAUUCCGUAAUAGAGCGUUGCCUGUGUCCCCUUUUAUCUUGCUUCCAAUAGGACCUACACCUUUUUUCAAAGCCACUUCUUACGCUUAUGCAAGUAAAAA